AUCCUUUUUUUUCAGGUGUGGGUCGGAUGUUCUUGUUUUCCCCACAUAUAAAUACUCCACGCAGGAAAAUAUCACAGCAUUCCUUGAGGCACUAAUUACCACUGUGGAACAUGGAAACUUUGCAUAAGAAAUUUUGUGCAGCAUUAGUCUUCCUGGCUGCCUGGGUCUGUGUGGCCGAGGGGGGGACAACAUUAUCAGCCAACAGAUUAUCAUCAGUUCGUUCCAGGCGAAUGGUUGGGGGAACACUGGCCCCUCAUGUACCAUGGCAGGCCAUGGUAUAUCUCUCUGACAGUGUGGUGGAUGGAGGCUAUGCAGGUGGUGCACUGAUCUCUGACCGCUGGGUGCUGACGGCUGCCAGGAACCUCUUUGUAAGGAAAAGUCGAAAGGACAUUGGAGGAAAGGCCCCCCUCAUCCCCAAAGUGUACCUGGGAAUCUCCCAGAAAGCAGAACUCGAUACCACCAAAGAUGUUGCUGUGGAGAAGGUGGUCAUCCAUCCUAGCUUCCAGAAUCUGUCUGACUGGGACAACGACCUGGCUCUUAUCAAACUCAAACACCCUGUGAUCAUGAGCAACAGGGUUACCCCCAUCCCUCUGCCAGAGAGGGGUCAGGAUGUGGACAGGGCUGCACAUGGGUCAGGGGUCAUCGCAGGCUGGGGCUGGGGGAUUCUCCUUACCCCUGCAGCAUCCCUUAAACACCUAGUGUUCCCUCUGGCUAAUCACUCAGACUGUAAGGCGGAAUAUGAGCACGAUCCUUUUACGCCGGCAGUGGAUGAGAACAUGUUCUGCACUGGAGCCACGCAGUUUCAGGAAAAUGUUUGUUUUGGUGACGCAGGAGGUGCUCUGGCUGUUCUGGACUCUGAAACUGGAGAUGUGUAUGCUGCUGGAAUCCUGUCGUAUGACAAACCCUGCAACAGGCACAAAUACGCAGUCUACAUGAGGGUUUCCUCGUAUUUACCCUGGAUUCACAGUGUAAUCAGGGGAGAUACGGGCAAAUCGCACGCUCUGCGCUAUGACACAAUAUCAACAAUGUACUCAUGGCAACCAUAGAGUUCAGCACUCUUUUGAUCUCGGAUAGAAAUGAUCAUUUUGGGCCAGUUUUUGUGCAGAUGUUUCAGUGAAAUGUGUGGCACUUUGCAGAGGAAAUAAAAAUUUUUUGUGUGGGAAA